AUGCAUCUGAGAUUUCAGAUAUUUACAGUGAGCUUUGAUACUGCCCAAGGACUGAAGUCUCUUUUGUAUAUCUUAGAUGCAGGCAUCAUUGUUCAAUCCAUACUGGUAGGUAGCAGAGUUGAUGUUUAUGUGGAGGAUGGCAGUGUAUUGACCCCAGCACAAAUUAAAUCAAUAUGCCAGGCAAUUUUGUACUCUGGGAAGCAGUACGCCCUGAAGAAGAGAAAGCCGUUCCCCCUGAUGUAUUCUUACUAUGGAACUGAAUACUUGGGGGCAGCUCAUGGCCUGUCAUCCAUUCUGCAAAUGCUUCUUUCUUACCACGAGCAUCUCAAGCCUUCAGAUCGGGAGCUGGUGUGGCAGAGUGUGGAUUUCCUCAUGGAACAGGAACAGAAUUGCAACUGGCCACCUGAGCUGGGAGAAACGAUCGAGAGAGAGAAUGAACUGGUCCACUGGUGCCACGGUGCUCCAGGAAUUGCUUAUCUGUUUGCCAAAGCUUAUCUUGUUUCCAAGAAACCACAGUACCUGGAUACAUGCAUACGCUGUGGGGAGCUAACAUGGCAGAAAGGCCUACUGAAGAAGGGGCCAGGGAUUUGCCAUGGUGUAGCCGGCAGUGCCUAUGUCUUCCUUCUGCUAUACCGUCUUACAGGAAACUCCAAAUACAUCUACCGUGCUCAAAGGUUUGCACAAUUCUUGUUCACUGAAGAAUUCAAAGCUGGUUCAUGGGUCCUUGAAAGCAUAUAUAGCUUGUAUGAAGGCUUCUCUGGCACGGUUUGCUUUCUCAUUGAUUUGCUACAGCCCAAUCAGGCUGAAUUCCCUCUCUUCAGCGUCUUUGUUUAA